AGUGCGGUUUUGGUUGCAGUAGUGUUCGGAGACUGACUGUGUCUGGUUGGUUGGGAAUAGUGUUUGCGCGUUAUUGCGCUCGCGUGUGUUCGCCGCAGUUCUUCUCGCGCGUUGUUUUCAUUUACUUUUCAGGAAGCGUGCAGUGAUGAAAAGUUUAACUCAAAAGUGUUGACAGCAAAGAGGUGAACUCAACCGCAGUAGGCGUCGUCGCCGCCUCGUAUUGUCGGGUUUGUUGAAUAAUUAGGAGAAUGCGCUCGUGUAUAAAGUGUUGACGCCCGAUGCAUCAGCCGUGAGACGUAUCGAAGAAACAAAAAAUGAGAGCGUGAAGAAACUCGCUGCGAAUGCCGUGAAUUAAUAGACCGCGAUCCAUCAUAACCCACCCAAAACCGAAUCGGAUGCCACGUGUGACUAACAUCUGUGCCUCGCUCAUACAAAACAAAAAAAAAACUGCAUUUCAUCUAACCUUCUCACUCGCUCGCCCCUCACCAUUGCUCCGUCGUCGAAAGUGAAACCGUAGACUCCACACAUUAGAGUUCCACCAAGAGACCCCCUAAUACCCAUCAAAAAGAGGGUGCUCGUCACGUGCCGCCCAGUUCGGCCCUGACCGACCGAAAAAAAAGUAAAAGAAUUGGUUUCUCAUCUGUGUUGUUCCGACCCCGGUGCGGCAUCCUGAAUGGAUAAGCACAGCAGGUCCAAGCCGACACUCGAGGACUACAUCAUCGACAUGGAGACGCGGCCGCCCGACAGCGGUCAGAUCUCCGACAAGGACGUCUGGGCCCAGCUGCACCAGAAGGAAGCCGAUCUGCUGCUGGCGGCCGAGCUCGGGAAGGCCCUGCUCGAGAAGAACGAGGAGCUGAAGAAGCAGCAGGAGAAGCUGAUCGACGACUACUCGGUGAAGCUGGAGAAAUUGGAACAGGAGAAGUACAUCCUAAAGCGGCAACUAGAAAUCUCCUCGAGCGAGAACGAUGCCAUCAUCCUGGAGCUGCAGACCGACAUCAAGCAGUUCAAGCAGAAGCUCGACCUGCAAGAACAGCUCAUGCGCCAGAUGGAACGGGAGAAGAACCUGCUGAUCGAGGAGCUGACCGCCCAGAACACCCGCCUAUCGAACGAGCUGAAGAAAGCCAACGCCACCGAACUGCAACUGUCGGCUCAGCUCCAGGAGAUCAAAGAACAAUGCAACCGGCGGACGCUGAGCAUACAGGACCACGUGAGCAGUCUCGAAAGCCUCAAGAACGAGCUCCGGAUGAUUCUGGAGAAGAAGAAUGACCUGGAAAAUCGGUUGCACAUGACGGCGACCGAGAAGGAGACCCUAUCGGUGGCGCUGAAUGAGGCCUCCGAGCGGAUACACAUUCUGGAGCGGAGCACCAUGGAGCAGGACACCAAGUACCAAAUGACGGUGCAGACGUUGGACCGGUUGGAGCGGGAGAAUGGGACGCUGAGCGAGCGGCUCGAGUCGUUCGACAGUCAGCGGUCGCACCCGAGCGAUCCGCACCACUCGUCGCUGCUGCAGGAGAUGAACGGCGAAGACGACUCGAUGAUGAUAGACGGCAGCGGAGCUAACAACGACGAAGCGACGAUACUGCUGUACAAGGAAGCCCAGUCGGUGUACAAGCAGCUGAAGACGCUGUGUCAGACGCUGCGGAAUACGCACCACGAUGACGAUUCGGGCCUUCACUCGGACAUGUCCUUCUCUUCGAUGGACAACACUUCGUCCUCUGCGCCACAAUCGGUAGACGCUGGCCUAGGUCCAUCGACUGGGCCUUCCCCACACUCGAGCGGCCCGGUUGGAAUCAAUGGCCGAGGGCCGGAGAAGUUCCACCGAGGGAUGUUGUCCUCUGCUGCGGAUGAACUGGUUCACAUCAUCAUGAACAUGGACGCCAUGCAGUUCAAGACCAUGUUCGAACAGACACGAUCAAUGCUGAUCGAUCAGGAAGAAGACCUGAAGAAGAAGACGGACCUGAUCAUGCAGCUGGAGAGCAAGCUCUCCGUGCAGGACAUCGAGUUGCAGAGCGCGAUCGAGGAACGUAACCAAGCCCGACAUGAUGCGUCGGACUCGAGCCUAGCGCAGGAUGAAACUGUGAUCCAGGCCCGCAAGGAUCGGGACGCGGCGAUCGAACGGCGGACCAAGGCCGAAGUCGAACUGGCCAAGAACCGGGUGGAGCUGAUGCAGGCCAACAGCCAACUGCUGGAAGCGAUCCAGCAGAAGGUUGAACUGCUGCAACAGCUCGAACAGUGGCAGAUCGACAUGCACGAGCUGAUCGAGGAGCAGAUGAAGAAUAAGCUUAACAAUGAAACUAGUACAAAACCGCAAACGCCUCAGCGUCCGUCAUCGCAGCAGACCGGUUCUUCCGGGUCGUCGUCUGCCGGUUCGUCGGCUAGCAAUCGUAAGAGUCGCCUACUAGAUCUGUUCUAUCAUCGAUGAGGAGGAGAAGCACCACCCUAACGAACGAAGCAAAACUGCGAUCAGUUCUCAAACGAAACAAAGCUACCCGGUCAACGCCCGGACGGAUCCGGCUGGAGAGGCGGCCCACAUUGCAUUUAUAUUCGACAUUCCUCUAAUCUAUUGUAACUGUCUUGGGCCGCUUCCGCCAUUUUGGACAUCGAACGCUCUCCGUCGCCGAGGCAGCCGCGGUAGCACCAAGGCCUACCCAGACCAUGUGAUAGCGAACUGAUCGACGUUUCUACUGAUUAUUGAUUCUUUUUAAGCGGUCUACCAAAAAUCCAAGAUGGGACCUUGAGACAACAGUAUUUUUGUAUGAAGAACUAUAGUGAAAGUCGUUUUUACCGAUCCAUAUCUAUCCGGAGUACAUACAUCCAAGCAGUUUGCGUAACACACAUAUCCCUUAAAUACCUUCGUGCAUUGCAUAUACCAGAAAAAAGUUGGCAACCGUAAAACCCAAAUCAUAUCCUAUAGCAGAGAGCAGAAAACGAUUUAUUAACUUAACGAAACGUGUAAUUUAUGUAGCUAAAGAUAAUAUUUUACAACCCGGUGUAACCAAAAAUUUGUAUCGUGAGAGUUUAAUAUUGAACCGUACUUACUAUACGAUAAUUUAAACGGACCAUUCCCGACAGUCUCAAACGUUAAUUUUCGUCCAAGACAUUUGUGCUGAUUCUGCGAAUGGAGUGACGCGAGAAAAGUCGGAGUCGUAUAUCGAGGUGAGAAAUCUCGACUCGAAUGAGGCUACUCUCCAUUUGAUUUACACGGCGAGUCACUUCAUUUGAGACGGUAUUCCUCACUUUUAUAUACGACUCCGACUUUUCUCACGUCACUCCAUUCGCAGAAUGAGCUCAAUUUUUACAUGUAUGGAGAAAUUGAUUUAUUUUUUUCUUAUUCAAAAUUAUUCUUGAUUUAUAUUUUCAGCAAUUUUAAAAUUUUCGCAAAUAAUCGUAAACAUGUUUGACAGCUUCUGGAAUAAACUGCCAGUGUUGCCAAGAAUGACUCAUUUCCAUUGUAGGGGUCCACUGAUGAUAAAAAAAUCAGUUCACAAAAAAUAUCAAAAUCUUUUAUUAAGAAAAAUACAAUUUGAUACUGACGGGAAUGAUCAAUUGCGAAUAACAUCAAGAAACUAACAUCAACCAUUGAGUGCAUUAUCUAAAUCGGUGUGUAGUGUUCCUUUAUUCACUUCAGCUAAAAGAAUGUGGUGUUCUCCUGAUCUUCUAACCAAAAACAGGAUCCUAAACCUGAGUGACAAAACAAAAAAAAUCGAACCGAAGCAAGGUGUUAGCACAAGAAAAUUGUGAUACUUGUUUGCUAACACGAGCACGAACACACACACGCCUUGAGAAACGGAUGUGCGCCUUUGUUGUACUACUACUACUUAUGAUAGCGCUAUAUUAAUCUUAACUGCUGCAGCACUAGACAAGAUUACAGCUACAGACAACAGAUUAGCCGAGUGAUAACGUGGAUGCCUUUUCACAUGAAACGGAAAAUCAAAAUAAUCUAGACUCGAAAAAUUAAAACUGGAAUUGGAAAUGGAACUGAAAGAAAGGGGGCAUGCGUUUGCGUUAUGUAAAUAUAAGAUUAAAAUAUACUGAAACAUUCCUACUAAAACAAGAGGUUUUAAAUAUAAAAAAAAAUCCCGCAAGAUUGGUUUUCACGGAACGUUAGACCGAAUCAAGAAUGGACCCUAAUUUAUCAUUUAAUUGAACACAGGACGAAACGAAAGCUAAUCCAAAACUUUGUUGUUGCUGCACGCCGGCAAGUAAUCUUAUUUGUAACUGUUGUAACUGGAAACGCAAAAAUGAUAGAAAUAAAGUAAUAAAGAUGAGAUUAA